AUGUUAAUAUUCUCUGCGAUGUCAUUUAUGGAAGUGAUAACCGAAGUGUUUCAAUGUAUGCUUUAUAUCUGUCAUUCUAUCCCAGAACUUUUUGUACUGACUGGUGCUUUCCAGACUUGUUCGAACAUGUCUUCCUUGAAUAGUCUUUUUUCAUUUACUUCCCCGGCGGUUAAAAAACUUCUUGGCUGGAAACAAGGAGAUGAAGAAGAGAAAUGGGCAGAAAAGGCAGUGGAUUCCCUGGUCAAAAAGCUUAAAAAGAGAAAAGGUGCUCUCGAAGAUCUCGAGAGAGCUUUAUCGUCGCCGGGAGAGCCGUCGAAAUGUGUAACCAUACCACGAAGCUUAGAUGGUCGACUUCAGGUUUCUCACCGAAAAGGGCUCCCGCAUGUUAUAUAUUGCCGUGUUUGGCGUUGGCCUGAUCUGCAAUCACACCAUGAGCUGAAGCCUCUGGAAAUAUGCAAUUAUCCGUUCUCCGCCAAACAGAAGGAAGUCUGCAUCAAUCCUUAUCAUUAUAAGCGCGUCGAAAGUCCCGUUUUGCCUCCGGUCCUCGUCCCGCGUCACAGCGAAUUCGCUCCUGGCCAUUCAAUGUUAUCUUUCAACCAAACACCGGACCCAAUGAUGCCUCAUAACGUGUCUUACUCCGCGCAAGGUUUUAAUCCUGGGUUGAGUGGUUCAGGUUCACUUGCGGGGCCGAGUAGUAUUGAGGGUCCCGCAAGUCCUGCAAUGAGCACUGUGUCUGGUGUUCCAUCACCUGGUUCAGUUCAGUCGGGACCGCAAAGCCCAUUUUCAAUGCCGACAAAAGCUGAAAGCCCAUCCCCAGGAUUUCCGUCUGACGAGGGUGGAACUCGAUCAUCUGGGGUCAAGAUAGAUGCGAUGGACACAUCUCCAACUGUUCCGGCAACCAUUCCGAGCGACAUGCAAGCUGUCCCUUAUCAGGAACCCCCCAGCUGGGCAACUAUUGCUUACUACGAAUUGAAUUCUCGUGUGGGAGAAGUUUUUCAAGCCACUUCCAGCUCCGUGAUUGUUGAUGGCUUUACAAACCCUACAUCGAAUACCAACCGCUUUUGCCUGGGGCUUCUAUCGAAUGUGAACAGGAAUUCAACGAUUGAGAACACGAGACGCCACAUUGGGAAGGGCGUGCAUUUGUACUACGUUGGUGGUGAAGUGUAUGCCGAGUGUUUAUCGGAUAGUGCUAUUUUUGUGCAAUCACGCAACUGCAACUACCAUCACGGAUUCCAUCCAACGACUGUUUGCAAAAUUCCGCCUUCGUGCUCGCUGAAGAUCUUCAACAACCAAGAAUUUGCUCAUUUGCUGUCAAACAACGUGGCGCAGGGAUUCGAAGCUGUAUAUGAACUGACGAAAAUGUGCACCAUCAGGAUGUCAUUUGUCAAAGGUUGGGGUGCAGAAUAUCAUCGGCAAGAUGUCACUAGUACGCCAUGUUGGAUAGAAAUUCAUUUGCACGGCCCGUUGCUUUGGCUGGACAAAGUUCUCACUCAAAUGGGAUCUCCACACAAUCCCAUAUCCUCAGUUUCGUGAAUUUCCUGAACGCAGCUUUCUUCACACCGGCAUUUCAAGUAACGAGGCAAACUUACUUUUUUUCAAGGUGUUUUUAAGAGGUUGCAUUUUCCUGUUCCUUUGAAUUUUGUAUUUUAUGGAGGAAGAAAAACAAUGGGCACAAAAUAGGGCUAUGAAGAAGGAAAGGCAAGUGCCAUGCGAACUCGUCAUGUUCGCGAUUUCCCUUUUUAUUCUGGUGGAUAAAAGAAUUUAUUUCUUUCUGGUGAUGCAUUCGACAUUGUUAUUAUGUAAAUACUUCUCGCGUUCCCCCCGACGCUAAGUUCGAUCAUGAAGUUCAAAGAAGUUUGCGUGUGCUUCUUGAAAAAGUAUAUCUUGUAACAUUUGCAACUAGUACGGACUCGGAGAAAUUGUAGUUUUUUAUUCUAACUUUUUGCUUUAGGAAAAUGAGCUGUUGGAUGAGAUUUCUAUGGUGCAAGCUGAGUGCCUUUUUUAUUUUAGCUUACCAUGUCUUAAAGAAUGAGGCUAUCAUUGGUGAUUUCCUCUAGGGGAUGGCUUUCUUGUUUUUUUCCCCCGUGAUUAGACGUUUGUUGGCGUCAUCAAAGUUUCCGCAUAUUUUCCGUUUUGUUCUCUUUGGAGGAAAAUUCGGUGAUUCAUCGUUUCAACGCAUUUUUUGUCUGUUUGUGCCUUACGAUUUUUGUGAGAAAAAAAUGACAUGGCUUGUUGGUUUGUGCGGAAAAAAUAUUUGUCUUCCUUGCCAUCCCCUCGAGUGUUGGCCGUAUUUUGGGAUUGUGAAAAUGAGUGCUGGCGAUAGACUUUCAUGUCAAUCGAAUGAAGAGAAGAGCUUGAUGGGGAAACUUUUGUUAAACUACUUCUGCGAGGUAUUUUCUGACGACGCCGAGGAAUCAUUGCCCUCGCGUUUCUGCGUAUUCGACUCGAUGAAUGUUUGCGCUUCCUGACGCCUAUUCGAAAUGGAAAAGUGAGUUUUUUUUCCGUCUGGGUGUGCCUGAAAUGAAUGUUUCUUCUUUGA